AUGAGCGCCAUCUCCUUUGGCUUAGCAGCCACUGCAAUCUUGGUCUCCAUGUUCCUCGUCAUGGCGCUGGUCGAGCAUCUCAUCAUACCGAGAAUGUCCCUGCUCCGGUCGCGGAACACUGCGCGGGAAUCUCCGCCGGAGGUCCGCCUGUCGCCGGCUCCGGUUCAGUCGCACGAGAAGGCUGGGAGUUCGCUGGCUGUCGGCGGCAAUCCGCAUGCGCGCGACGUGUUCGUGGUAAUGCCGGGCGAGGAGCAUCCCACCUUCCUGGCUCAGCUCGCACCUCUUCCUUCGCCGAGAGAGGGAUCGAGGUGGCCGCCUUCGCACUAUGCUUCUUCAGCAGCCUGCAUGUAAAAAUGGUGGUGUGAGGAGGAUUUGGGAUCUCCUGGCCGAGAACACAGGAGACAAUUUCAUGGUGCUUUCCAGUGAAGUCGCUUUCAGAUCUAUGAAUCUGAUCUAAGCAGAAUGAAUCUUGGCCCUCGUUGGUUAAGAAUCUAGAUUACUAAUAAUUAUUUGAUUGAAUGAGUUUAAAGUAAAAAAACAAAACAAAAUCUUAUUUUCCUCGA